AGACUAUUGUCGCGGACGAACAAAGUCAACUGGUGUAGCUGUAUCGAUGUUUAUUUCGAACAAUGAGGAUAUAUAACUUUUAGUGUAUUUUGGGAAGGGUACUCAUACACUGUGAAACUGAACACGUUAUCGCGAACAGCUUUUCACAUCGUUAGAAAGAGAAUGGAGCCAAUAACGAAGUGGUCACCAACACAAGUUGUCGAGUGGAUGAGAGGUCUGGAUGACAGUCUACAGCAGUACGUUCCCAACUUUGAGCGAGAGAAGAUUGACGGCGAGCAGCUGUUGAAAAUCUCCCACCAGGACCUGGAAGAGCUGGCCGUGUCCCGUAUCGGCCACCAGGAGCUGAUACUUGAGGCCGUGGACCUUCUCUGUGCCCUGAACCACGGAUUAGAGACCGAUAACCUGAAGAAUCUGGUUGGGAGGAUGAGAACAGCAACCAAUAACCUGCACAACUGUGCGUCCGAGCGGCGAAAGAGCCCCGCGUAUGACGGCGGGUCCUCCCGCAAACCGCCCAAUGAGUUCCUUACUGCUGUGGUGGAGCUUAUAGGAGCAGCCAAGAGCAUGUUGGCCUGGCUGGACAGAACACCCCUUACAGGUAUCAGUGACUUCACAGCCACGAAGAACAGGAUUAUUCAGCUGUGUUUGGAGCUGACGACCACCGUUCAGAAGGAUUGCACCGUGUUUGAAAUGGAAGAGAAGAUACUGGAAGUGUCCAGAGUUUUGAAUAGCAUUUGUGAUCAGACCUUGAGGAUGACCUCUGAUCCCUUAAUGAGCCAGGUCACAUGUCUAGAGGAAGUUCACAUCACUAAUAUCAAACCAGGAGAAGGAUUGGGGAUGUAUAUUAAAUCCACCUAUGACGGCCUUCAUGUUAUCACUGGGACCACAGAACAUUCUCCUGCUGAUAGAACCCAUCGCAUACAUGCCGGAGAUGAGGUCAUCCAGGUCAACCAGCAGACAGUGGUGGGUUGGCAGUUGAAAAACUUGGUGGCUAAGCUGAGAGAGGACCCCCAGGGCGUGGUGCUGAUGCUGAAGAAGCGACCCACAGGAACCUGCAGUUUCACCCCCGCUCCCCUGAAGAACAUGCGCUGGAGACCCCCCAUGGUGCAGAGCAAUUCUUUUUUGCCCAACACCCAGUCUCCUAAAAGCCCUAUGGAAUCCUCCAUCAAGAAGGAGAAGCCUGCCAUUUUAGAUUUAUAUAUUCCUCCACCCCCUGCUGUUCCUUACACACCACGAGAGAUGUCACACAGCGCAUGUACUGGAGUCAGUAUGAGGCCAAAAGGCUUGGAGUCGCCCAACUCAUCCCUGGACAUGCAGAACAGGCGACGCUUCACUAUCGCAGACUAUGACACUAAGCCAACUAUUUUACCAGCAGAACCCGCCGUCCCUCAGGCAAGACUGAGACAACGCACUUCUUCUAGAGGGAAACCCAGACCCGUGUCCAUGCCAGCAGAUACUUGCCUUGGCCUGUCUGACUCUCCCUCCAGGCUGUGGGCCCCUAGCAGAAAAGGUGAGGAUGUGUUGCACAGGUAUCUGAGCAAUGAACGUAUCCCCACUAUCUUGGAGGAGGCACCCUGCUUCCCACUUCCCUACAGACCCUCGGGUGAGCGACGGCUGGUCCGAGGUGUGGACCACAUCCGAGGGAGCCAAUGCUUCAUCAACGCUGACCUGCAUAACAGUGCCACCAUUCCCUACCAGGAAGCCACAGCCAAAAAAACCUCUCCCUCUUCCUCGUCCUCCACCUCCAAGAGGCCCCAGUCCGAACCAUCCCUUCUGAGCAGCUGGAUCGCUCGACUGAAGCUUCUCAAACACUAACCUCGCCGAUGUUGCACGUGUGUGUGUGUGUGUGCGUCGCUACGCACGCAGGCCGUUUCACCAGUGCCUUCACUCAGUCGUCACACGGUGGUGCGGAGUCUUGAUCUCUAGUAUUAGCCUUAUUCAUUGAAAAUUUUCGUUAGAGCUCCCGGAAUUGCACCAGCAAAGAAAGAGUGUCAUGGAGCUGCUUUUUUUUUUUUUCUUUGUUUUUUUUAAUUGUUUUGUUUUCGAGAGCUCAAUGAGAAAAUGAUGGACAGUCAGUUUAUAUCUCAUGUGGUUAGGAUUUGAUCCACCAAUGUUACAGGCAACCUCAAUCCAGAGGUUUAUCUACGUCAUCUGGGUUACAGCAGCAAGAAAGGUGCUUCUGAAAAAAAUUUUUUUUUCUGCUCUCUCCUUGAGAGGGAUUGUCAUUCAGGUCUAGGAAACAUUUCCCUCUUCAAGUAAACACUAUCGUGUAAUUAAUAAUUUAUUUACUUUGUAUUAAAAGGUUCCUGUACAUAAUGUUUUCAUUUUUUUUUUAAAGUAUUGGUUUUAAUCUUUUUGUCAUGUUGACCCAUUUGAUUU